CCAACUGUCUCCCAGAACAAGGACGGCUCCUACACCGGCUUCAUCAAGGUGCAGCUGAAGCUGGUGCGCCCCGUCUCAGUGCCAGCCACCAAGCGGGUCCCCUCGCUGCAGACGGGGCGGUCGGGGCCGCACACGCAGGGGGUGAAGCGCCGCACAUCCUUCUACCUGCCCAAGGGCACCGUGAAGCACCUGCACAUCCUCUCACACACCCGUGUCAGCGAGGUCAUAGAUGCUCUCCUCCGCAAGUUCACCGUCGUCGAUAACCCCCGCAAGUUCGCCCUCUUUGAGAGGUCCGAGAAGGAUGAGCAAGUGCCAGUGUCCCCGUGGUGGUGAUGUCCCCUCCGUGACGUGUGGCUGCCAUUGCAGUGUAUGCGGCUGCUGGCUGGCCCCAGUGAGAAGGUGCUGAGCUUCGUCCUGAAGGAGAAUGAGACUGGGGAGGUGAAC